AUGGGUGGCGGAGCCUCGGAACAGGUUCGCUGGAGUGAGGGUGGGAAGGACACGUCAGAAUUAGGCGGCAACGUAAAAAGGGAUAGCAAAUAUACUGAUAGUAAAUUUGAGUUUGCCAGAAGGAGUGACAGUGGCUAUCAAAGGAGCAGCAGCCGGACCAAUGGUAACAACAGUGAGCAUGACAAAAGCCGCAGGAAUGAAUCAGCCGAGUCCGCUCUACACGACUAUAACGAGUACAAUCAUAACGAGUACAAGAACAUCCCGGGGUGGGAGUGGGAGGAGGGCGAGCAGGAGGAGGAGGCAGCAGAGGCCGAGUUUGAGGCAGUGGCCCGCCUGUGGGAGGAGAUGGAAGCUUCUGGGAAGGUGCACCCGCUGAGUGCCCCUGUGGGGGGAUUGCGAUGGAAGCAGGAGGCUCAGGAACGGUUCCCGGAUCUAGCCCGCACUGCCGGCGUGUUCCCUUACAUGGGGGAUGUGAUCGAGAGGGAGGAGCUAGACACGCCCUACUCCUGCCGCUUGGCCCGCACUGCCGGGGUGUUUCCCUACAUGGGGGAUGUGAUCGAGAGGGAGGAGCUAGACACGCCGUAUGACUACGCCCCUCCUCCAGAGAUAGACAGUGAAGUUGCCUAUCCAUACUUGUGUGUGUUUCCUCCCUGUCUGCCUGCCUACAUGGGGGAUGUGAUCGAGAGGGAGGAGCUAGACACGCCGUAUGGCUACGCCCCUCCCCGGGUCAUCGACACUGAAUCCCUUGCAAUGAUCGACAGGCUUCAGGACCUGCUGACUGCCCUCCGGCUCUUCCUCCCCCACGCACUCUCCACCCCACUCCCUGCACCUCCGGUGACUUCCAAGAAGGAGGGGGGCGAAGGGAAGGGCCAGGGGGAUUGGGAACAGCAAGAGGAGGGACAGAAGGAAGAGGAAUGGGAGAAUGAGCGGAUUCACGAGGACAAACCACUGCGGCAGCGGCAGCAGCAGCAGCAGCAACAGCCACAGGAGCAGCAGCAGCAACAGCGUCAGGAGAGGCAGGAGCAGCAGGAGCAACAGUCACGGGCACGACGGGAAGAGCCUGUGGAUAUCUUUGCGUUGGGAUUGGUGGAGGAGGGGGUUCGAGUGCAGAACCCUGUGGUGUGCGUUUGGGGGCAAGAUAGAUGGCAACAGUGGCUGCACCUGAUGGGGUCAGCAGGGGGGCAUCUGCAUCUGCACCAUCUCUACUCCGAAACUCUCGUGAAGGCGCCGGGUGCCCAUUCCUUAUCCAUGGUGCCCAUUCCUUAUCCAGACCGUCGCUGGAUCACUGCCCUCUGGACAAUCCUUUUAGCUAAGAGCGGGCGGCAAGCAGUGGCAGGCAUGGGGCUGUCCGACUGGUGGAAGAGGAAUCUUCCUGAGCACGAGGCGGAGAUCAGGAGGAACCUUCCUGAAGAGGAGGGGCAGGAUGAAAGGGGUGGUGUGGGAAGAAAUGGGAAACUUGGUGCUGAGAAGGGAAAGGAUGAAUGGAGGCAAGGGGAUGAGGAGGAAGAGGAGGAGGAGCAAAGUCGGAUAAAUGGAGGUAGCAGUAGCAGUGGUGGGGGAAAAGGGAUUGGCACGGGCCGAACCGCAGCUCCGGCAGGGCAGCCUGGCUCGGCAGCGAGUGCACCCGCAGGCUCGCCACUAGCCUCGGCAGCGAGCGCCGGCCGAGCCUCGGGUCCAGGGUCGGAUCAGGCUGGGAGCGAGCGCAGGGGCUGGAAUCUGCUGUUCGGCGGGGGAGGGGAAGAGAGAGGGGGGCAGGGCGCGGGGGGAAGGGGAGGGGGCGCAGCGGCGGAGGCGGAGAGCAAGGGGGAGAGCGGCGGCGGAUGGUUAUCGCGGUUCCAGACCUUUCUGCGGCUGGGGAAGGGCGGCGCGGGGAAGGCAGGGGAACCGAAGCGCUUGACACACGCGGAGGGUCUUACUGAAUUCGCCAACCAGCUGAAGCGGGCGCGGCAGUUCGGGCAGCUGACAACUUUCGGGAAAAGUCUGCCCAAGGGCGGGCAGAGCGUGGUGACAAAUUCUCUGAGGAAGCAGGAAGUCAUCACUCUGGCGCUUGCCGCCUAUGCUGCUGAAGCCAAACUGGCCGGCGAGCGGCUAUCCAUCCCCUUCAGUGUGCGGCAGCGCGUUGCCAGCGAGACCGGCAGCACCAUGGGGGAGAUUGACAUGCUCUUAGCUAAGUACGAGUGGUUUGCCGAAGCGGCCAACAGAAUGCAGGCGCUGCAAGACCAGGGCAAACCGCUCCCUCGGUCCUUUGCAGAGAUCGAGCAAAUGAUGGGCGGGCCUUGGUCCCCACCCAAAACGGGAGCACGUUCGGGUGCUAGUGCUGGUUUGGCUGGCGGUGCAGGCUCGGCAGCAGCAGCUCCAGCUCGCAACAACCCAUGCCCAUGUGGGUCUGGGAAGAAAUAUAAGAGGUCCUCGCGAUUGGCUGCCUUGCAAUCGACCAACGAGCUCUCCUCCUCCGUCAAACCCUCUGCAGCAUCAGCAGAAGCCGGUGCGGCUGCUUUUCAGGCGCGUAAGCAGUCGAGAAAGAAACCAUCCUCUGCAACCAAACGAUCUUCGGCAGCAGCAGUGACAGCCAGGGGCGCUGCUGCUGCUGCAGCUGCUGCUGGUGCCGGCGAGUUGAAGCGGAAGCGAGCAGUGGGGGCAGGGAAGACGCAAGUACCGGACAGGGCCCUGGAGCAAUCCCUGUGGUCGCGCAAGUUCAAGCACGUGUAUGGGGUGGAUGAGGCGGGGCGAGGGCCGCUGACAGGACCAUCGGCAACCCCUCUCCCCUCCCUCCCUUUCACUCCCCAUCCCGCUCUCCUCCCAGCAAUCCCUGUGGUCCCGGGGGGUCAAGCACGUGGGUUCAAGCACGUGUACGGGGUGGAUGAGGCGGGGCGAGGGCCUCUCGCAGGGCCCGUGGUGGCUGCUGCUUGUGCCGUGCCUGCUGGGUUGGAGAUCCCAGGUCUGGCGGACAGCAAGAAGCUCACAGAAAAGCAGAGGGAGGAGAUUUUUGAUGCCAUUAUCGGGAACCCUGACAUUUUUUACGCUGUGGACAUAGUGGGGCCAGCGGAGAUCGAUAGGGUGAACAUCCUCGAGGCAACGAUGCUAGCGAUGGCAAACACUAUUGCUAAAGUGGUUGAGGACCCCCAAAGUCCAUCCCCUGACUAUGUGCUAGUGGACGGUAACAGGGUUCCUAAGGGGCUGCCCUGUGCUGCCGAGGCUGUUGUCAAGGGUGAUGCCACAUGCUAUGCCAUCGCGGCUGCUUCCAUCCUUGCCAAAGUGACAAGGGAUCGACUCAUGCUCAAAUUCGACAGGCUCUACCCAGCAUACGAUUUCAAGCAGCACAAGGGCUACGGCACAGCUGCGCACAUGAAAGCACUCCUAGCUCACGGUCCUUGCCCCAUCCACCGCCGAUCCUUCGCCCCAAUCAAGGACUGGACUGUUCUAGACGAGAAAUGA